AUGAGCGCACAAACCCACGCACAAGCACAGGCAGCAGCACAACUCGCAAGUUUGCUCCAACAGCUCGCCAUCGCUGCCUCCAAUAUUACGAAGAGCAGAUACACAUCGGUUGCAGGCCUGACAGUCGUCCUUUACGAUAUUCUCCUUCUCUCAGCAGAUGUGUGGCAGAAACCGAAACGCAACGCAAGUCGAUACGCAUACUUUAUCAACCGCUAUGUACCGCCCGUAUUUCUUCUCGUCGCAAAUUACCAACUUGGUGGUUUCAGACCCGCGUUGUCAGACCAAGAACUUCACGAUAUUCACAUUCUCUUCGUUGCAAUAGUUGCAAAAACUGGAUAUCAGCGGCUUCAAUCACUCAAGUCAUCACGGGCAUUGCGGCUACUUGUCAACAUACUUGUGCUUCGUGUUCUAGCUCUCUACGGUUCUGGACGAGUCUUUACGACCCUUCUCUAUGCCCUCUUCGCAAUCUCUUAUGGGGUUUGCUUUGGAAUCACAGUCAAUGCGGUGAUUGUUAUACGAGCCGGUGCCAUGUAUGACCAUCGACUACGCGUGUGUUCCAUAGAAUCUACGCCCGAAAUAUUUCGAUUCAUCUUCAUCGCACCUGUGUUCUUUGAAGUUCUCAUUGGCGCACUCACGCUUUGGAAGGCCGUCCAACACGCCUAUGUCCUCUCCAACGCGUCUUCGGCUCCCAUGCUCUACAUCAUGUUCCGUGAUGGUAUCGCAUGGUUCAUCGCCGUUUGUGGGUUGCGCAUAUGGAACGCCUUGAUAUGGGUAUUCCUGCCUCAGAGUAUGGUCUACCUCGGGAUUUAUAUCCUUUGGGCGCUCGUCUCGACAUUUGUAUCGCGCUUCUUCCUCAACAUUCUCGACGUCGUCAACUCUUCCCUUAUCGAUGGGUUCUCGGUCGAGUAUGCUACUGUUCGCCAAAAGGAACAAAAUGCAGCCAUCAGGCACCAAAGGACGUUUGGGGGUAAUACUCGAAGCGUCUUUGCAGAAGUGUCCAUGUCAGCCAUGAGCUCUGUGCCUGGAGGCACGGCCGCGGAAGCUAGUGAUCCAUUAGAAGGCGAGGCGUGGACUAAUGCCAAUCAUUCGCUCUCGCAUUCGGAACCACGGCGGCAGGACACGUUUGUCUAA